AUGAAGGUGGUUCUUCUUAAGUCGGCAAUCGAUGGCUCGUGUGCUCGUGAAAGUGACCCAUACGUAAAUUUUCUUAGUGCUCGGGGUUAUCAUACAGAUCUCAUUGAGACUAUGUCCUUCACUAUAUGCGGAUGUCUUUUUGAACGCUUGUACAAGUGGCGGUCGUCUCAUAGUUGCAUUGUAUUCUGCAGCCAGCGGGCCGUAGCCUCAUUUGCUUCCACUAACUUAAUCGGUCUUCCCGAGGAUCUCUGCUUUGCUGUUGGGCCCGCCACUUCUGCUGCGGCAAGCAAGUUGGGAUUUACGACUAAGGGAUCACAUACGGGCAAUGCAGCGAGUCUGGCCAACUACAUGCUCGAUAACUACUCUUCAGAGGUCUCAAAAAAACCUGUUCUUCUUCUUACCGGUGCCAAACAUAGCCCUGUUCUAUCAAAUCAAUUGCGUCAAGCCGGCAUUACAGUUGAGGAAGUCGUUGUGUAUAGUCAUAUUCCGAACCCCCAUUUCGUAGCUCAGCUCUCAGCAACAUUGAAGGAAAGCGAAAAAGACUCACUGUGCUUAGUAUUCUUCAGCCCAUCAGCGGUUGAGGCAUCGCAGGCCAUUUUUUCUCCCGGUUGUCCUGAAUUGGACCCCAAUGUGCAUAUUUUGGCUAUAGGUCCGACAACAGCGGAAAAGAUAAAGGCCCUGAGCCUUCCCUGUUCCGCGAUCUGUCGGUCACCGACUCCCGAAGGCGUCGUGGAGUGUCUGGAACAGGUUGCCAACUUGGAUGGCAAUGCCUUAGCCGGUGACCGCCUCGUAUGA